AUGUCUACUCCAGCCUUUGCCGAUAUCGCCAAGCAGGUCGAGCCCUACUUUCACCUGACAGAGGACCGCCUCAGAACGAUCCUCAAGUUCUUCAUCAUGGAGAUGGAGGAGGGCCUUGCCAACUACGGGAAGGACGUGGCCAUGAUUCCCGCCUUCGUGACCGGCGUUCCGGACGGUACCGAACAGGGUGCCUUCUUGGCUCUUGACCUCGGCGGAACGAACUUGCGCGUCUGUCUCAUCCUUUUGCAAGGCAAGAACAGCUUCAAGAUCAAGCAACAGAAGUACAAGGUGUCCGACGAGCUCAAGACGGGCCAAGCUCGCAUCCUUUUCGACUACAUUGCCGAGUCUGUCGACGCCUUCCUCACCGAUAUCGAUUCAAACCAUGGUGACAUCAACAUUCCGGCCAAUGAGCCUAUGCAUCUUGGUUUCACUUUCAGUUUCCCCGUUGAGCAGACUGCCAUUGACGCUGGAAAGCUCCUUACAUGGACCAAGGGCUUCGAAACCAAGAAUGCCGUUGGUCACGAUGUUGUGCGUCUCUUGCAAGACGCCUUCGACCGGAAGCACAUUCACGUCAACUGCAGUGCCCUUGUCAACGACACUGUCGGUACCCUUCUGUCUCGCUCAUAUCAGAGUGGCCCAGCUCUUAUCGGUGCCAUUUUCGGAACCGGUACCAACGGUGCCUACAUUCACAAGACGAGAGAUAUCUCAAAAUUGGGCGAAGAGAAGAUUGCGGAAUCUGAAAAGGGCGGAGAGCAUGCUGGAGAGUACAUGGUCGUCAAUACAGAGUGGGGAGCGUUUGACAACAAGAGACGGUGCCUCCCAGUGUCCAUCUAUGACAACAAGUUGGACCGACAAAGUAUCAACCCUCGAAAGCAAGCGUUCGAAAAGAUGAUCUCCGGGAUGUACCUCGGCGAGAUCACCCGAAACAUCCUCCUCCACAUGAUUGACUUGUCCCUUCUGUUCGGGGGCAACUCCACUAAAAUCCUCAAUAAACACAACGGCUUCGACGCUGCCUUUGUCUCUGGCAUUGAAGCUGCCAAGUCAGAUGAGGACGUCAAGAAGGUCAUCCACUCCAUCCUCGAAGUACCCACCAAAUCAAUCACAUCUGAAGACAUUACUAUCGUCAAGUGGGCUGUCAAGCUUGUCGCAGACCGAGCCUGUCAGCUCUCUGCCGUUGCCCUCGCUGCUGUCAUCCAGCACACUGGCAACGACAAGACUGUGGAGGGCGAGGAGAACAAGAAGAUUGACAUUGGUGUGGACGGCAGUGUGGCCGAAUUUGUUCCCAGGUUCAACGAGCGACUGCUGGAGACCAUCACCCUUCUUCUCGGCAAGGAGACUGCCGAGCGAGUGAGCAUCGGUUUGGCAAAGGACGGCAGUGGUGUUGGUGCUGCUCUUACCGCUCUCCAAGCCAGAAAGGCUAUCGAGAAGCGAUCAGACAGAUCGAGUCACUAUCUCCCCGGCUCUCGAGGCCCCCGUUAG